AUGGUUCCUCAGCUCUUCCACCUCAGAAUUCCUCCUGUGGUCGAAACCGUCAUUGCUAAUAAACGUGGGAGAGAUUUUAUUUACCUUUCGACACUGGCACAAGAGCAGAAAGCACAGAGGGAGAAACCUUACAGAUGUCAUGACUGUGGCAAAACCUUUAAUCAGGGCUCACACCUCACUAGACAUCAGAUAAUCCAUACAGGAGAGAAACCGUAUAAAUGUAAUGUAUGUGGGAAAGUCUUCAGUCAAAAUUCACACCUAGCAAGUCAUCAGAGAAUCCAUACCAGAGAAAAACCUUACAAAUGUAAUGAGUGUGGCAAAGCCUUUAGUGUGCGCUCAAGCCUGACAGACCAUCAGGUAAACCAUAAUGGAGAGAAACCUUACCGAUGUAAUGAACGCAGCAAGGGUUUUUGCCAAAGUUUGAAGCUUGUAAAACAUCACAGAAUUCAUAGUGGAGAGAGACCACACAAAUGUAAUGGGUGUGGUAAAGCUUUUACCCGGAGUUCAAGCCUGGUUGACCAUCAGAAAAGUCAUACUGAUGAAAAGCCUUACAAAUGUAAUGAUUGUGGGAAGGCUUUUAGAGAAAGCUCAGACCUCGCUAGUCAUUGGAGAAUUCAUUAUGGGCAGAGGCCUUACAAAUAUAGUGAGUGUGGCAAAGCCUUUUCCCAAUUUGCAAAACUGACUAGGCACAGAAAAAUUCAUACUGGAGAAAAACCUUACAAAUGUAAUGAGUGUGGCAAAGUCUUUUCUGAGGAUUCAAGCCUUAUUCAACAUAGGUGAAUUCAUACUGGAGAGAAACCUUAUAAAUGUAAUGAAUGUGGGAAGACUUUUAGAGGAAGCUCAAAUCUCACCAAUUAUCGGAGAAUUCAUUCUGGGCAGAGACCUUACAAAUGUAAUCAGUGUGACAAAUCCUUUAACCAGAUCUCACAUCUCACUAUACACCAGAGAAUCCAUACUGGAGAGAAACCAUAUAAAUGUAAGGCAUGUGACAAGGUCUGUAGUCAACAUUCAAAUCUUAUAAUUCAUCAGAGAGUUCAUACUGGAGAGAAACCUUACAAAUGUACUGAGUGUGGCAAAGCCUUCAUGGAGCUUUCAAGCCUUACUCAACAUAAGAGAAUUCAUAGUGGAGAAAAGCCUUACAAAUGUAAGGAAUGUGGCAAAGCCUUUAACCAGUCCUCUAACCUUGUCAAACAUCAGAUAAUUCAUACUGGAGAGGAGCCUUGUAAGUGUAAUGAGUGUGGCAAAGCCUUUAAUGUGUGUUCAAGCCUUACCCAACAUCAAAGAAUCCAUACUGGGGAGAAGCCUUACAAAUGUAAUGGAUGUGACAAGGCCUUUACCCAAUUUGCAAAUCCUACUAGACAUCAGAAAAUACACACUGAAAAGAAACAUUGUAAACCUAAUAUAUGUGGAAAUGCUUUUAUCCAAAGAUCAAGCACUGGGGAUUCCCAGAGAAUUUGUGGUUAUCUGUCCAUUGAUCUCCACCCCAUCCUGUCCCCCGGGUUUGGGGCCGAGGUCUGGCGGGGCGUGAGUUCCCCCUGUUGCCGGAAGCGCAAAAUCCAGGACUCGCCCCAGCCCCGCCCACACGCUGUGCGCCUCAGAGCCUGGCCACUGUUCGCGCGCAGCCCAUUGCCGGAAGCACUACCCUCAGGCCCUGCCCAGUCCCGCGGCUCCACCGGCGCGCACGCGCAGUUUUUCACCGACCCGGAAGCGGCUGUCAGGGAGCGAACGUCAAAUGGGCCUCUGAGGGCUUUUAACGUGCUCAGUGAGUGUCAGAACCUCAGUCCCCAGGCCUUCACCCCUGAGCGUGUCGCGGAGACACACAGAAUCCUGCGAGCGGCGCUGGCGGCCCUGGGGUCCCGGGGCCUUUCUGUUCCCAUCGUCGGAGUCGGUCCCCGCCUGUGGUCUCCGGCCCUCGGGCCUUCAGACGUCGCCUGCCGCGCUGUCUCCGUGCUUCACGCCGUCCCGGGCACCGCUCCCACCCGCGCCGUGGGAGUUCAGGGAGAUGGGCGUGUGCGCCCCGCGCCGCAGCCUGGCCCGGCUCGGCCCACAGACGCGCGGAGUCUCUCUGGCCCUGGUAUCGCGCAGACCGCGCCGCCCUCCUGA